AUGAGUGAUUUUGAGCAUCUCAUAACAGAUGAUAACUCUUACAGUGGAUCAGACAGUGAAUCUGAAAUUUCUAUAAAUGAUUCUGGAAGUAAUGAAAGUUCGUUUUCGGACUUUUCAAGUGAUGAGGAAACGGAAAGUUCGGAUGACCUAACUCAAAUUCGAAACUUUUGUGAACUAGAUGUAACAAAUCCUCCUUUACCUCCACCUCGAUUUCCAUUCACAGCAAAUCCAGCUGUUCAUGUAAAUAUUGAUCUAAGUAAUGGAACUCUACAAUUUCUUGAUAUUUUCUUUGAUGAUAAUCUUCUUGAAAUUAUAGUUUCUGAAACCAAUAAAUAUGCAGAUCGGACCAUUCGGAGUAGUAAUCUACGAAGGAAAAGCGGAGCAAAAAAUUGGGAACCAACAACAAAGCGCGAAAUUCAAGUGUUUCUUGCUUUGAAUAUUUUACAAGGAAUUGUGAAAAGGCCUGAAGUCGAGCAAUACUGGAGUAAGAGACAUUCAACAUCAACUCCAUUUUUUUCCAAAAUUAUGUCUUACCGACGCUUUUAUCUUAUUCACCGGUAUUUACAUUUUUCUGAUGAUACCGAAUUUGAUGCUAAAACACAUGAGUGUCCAAAACUGCAGAAACUGUGCCCGAUCAUCAAGCAUUUGAAUACUCGUUACCGAGAAACUAUCACACCUGAAAGAGAUGUUACAAUCGAUGAGAGUUUGAUGCUGUACAAGGGAAGAUUACACUGGAAACAGUAUAUACCUCUAAAGAGAUCACGAUUCGGCAUAAAAAGUUUUAUUUUAUGUGAAUUGAAGUCAGGUUAUGUGUAUCAACUUAUUAUAUACACUGGGAAAGAUACACUUUUUGAUGAUAAUUACCAGCAUUUGUGCAAGUCCUCUCAAGUAGUGAUGACACUUAUGCAGCCACUGUUGAAAAAAGGUUACUGCCUAACGACAGACAAUUAUUACACAUCACCAGAACUUGCAGAUAUCCUUAUCAACCAUCAAACAGAUAUAUAUAUGGAACCCUCAAAAGUAGUAUUGGCCCCACUGCGUCGGCGGAAGUGA